UGCCUGGCUGGAGAGAGAUCCUGGCUGCAGCAGGUCAGAGAACAGCUUUUAUUUUGCCCCUGGUCACAUUCCAAGGUGAAAAAUGUCACGACGCUGGUGCCGCAAGUUGGAAGUUGCCAUCCUGAGUUUUGCUGGGUUUACUGGGCUUCUGUUCCUCCUCCAAAACGAGAAGAGCAGGCAUGACCUGAAAGAAGCAAUAGAAAUUUCCAGCCCAAUCCGGCCAAUUGUGACUGAACACCCUAAGCCCAUCGCAGAGUGCCGGGAGAAUGUGUCAGUGGCCAACCUUUCUGGGUUUGCUGAAUUGCCCGACCACAUUAAGAACUUCUUGCGCUAUAAGCACUGCAAGGAAUUCCCGUUGCUCCUGGACGUGCCGGAGAAGUGCGGCGGCCCAGACAAAUCCUACGAUGUCUUCUUGCUCCUCGCUAUCAAGUCCUCGCCGGGGAAUUAUGAAAGGCGUGAGAUCAUCCGCAAGACGUGGGGCCAGGAACGGAUGUACGCAGGGGUCCAUAUUCGGAGGCUCUUCUUGUCUGGGCAGGUGGCUAAUGCUCGUGAAGCUCGGAAGAUCAACCAGCUCUUGAAGGCCGAGACCGAAGAGAACGGAGACAUCCUCCAGUGGGACUUCCAUGAUAGCUUUUUCAACCUGACCCUCAAGCAAGUCCUCUUCCAUUCCUGGAUGGAGGCCCGGUGCCCCGGGGUCCGUUUCGUCUUCAACGGGGACGACGACGUUUUUGCCAACACAGACAAUAUUAUCCACUACUUGUUGGAUAUCCCAGGCGCAGGAGAUGAACACCUCUUUGUGGGCCAGCUUAUUUCCAACGUGGGCCCCAUCCGUGAGAAGUGGAGCAAAUACUAUGUGCCAGAGCAAGUGACUGCCUCCAACUCUUACCCCCCUUACUGUGGCGGUGGAGGUGUCCUUAUGUCUGGCUACACUUCACGCACCAUCUACAAGGAAUCACAGGGCAUCGAACUCUUCCCUAUCGAUGAUGUGUACCUGGGGAUGUGUCUCCAGAAAGCGGGGCUGGCUCCUGCUUCCCAUUCAGGCAUCCGAACUGUGGGGGUGAGGGUGCCAUCCUCCAAGCUGGAGUCCUUUGACCCCUGUUAUUACAAAGAACUGCUCCUGGUCCAUCGCUUUGUGCCGUAUGAGAUGCUGGUGAUGUGGAGAGCCAUCAACCAGCCCAACUUGAUCUGUGGGAAGAGAUUGGAGGUCUAUCAGAGGCUCUGAUGAACACUGAGGUUGCAUGGGGGGGGGGAGGGUUUAAAAUGGAGGGUGACGACGGGCCACAUAUUUAUUUUGAUUGGCUUGCAAUUUGCAGCCAGCAGCUCCUAGUGUGACUCUGUUUGGUUUUCCCUGCCCCUGCCCAAGGGGAAGAACCGUUUGAAGGAACCUGAUAUUAAAACAGGUCUUAAAGAGACUACAUCGAAGGGUGGACGAUACUUGAUGUGUUAUGAAAAUGUGUUGUUUGAAGCAGAAGAAUGGGGGGGAGGGGAAUAGUGCCCGGGGCAACACCUGGCCCCCACACCCUCUUGCGCCCCCUGUGCCUCCCCCCACACCCCACAUCUUAGUUUGACUGGCCUGCUGCCAGGUGUCUCUUGGCCUGCCCCGCCAGGCUGGCUGAGGGGAGCAGCCUGACAGGGUGAGGCUGAGGGGCGCCUGGUGGUGGCCCAGUCAGGCUGCUCCUUCUGCUGGCAGAGCCUCUGCCGGCUGAAGGAGCAACCUGGCAGGGAGGGGUGUGGGGGCGAUUCUCUACCCCCCACGUGACCAGCUGCCGUGCGCCCGGGGACAUGUGACCAUGAGCGCUCUGCCUCUGGUUCGAAGGCAAACUUAACCCAAUGACUUCUUCUGGUGGGUUCUUUCUAGAGCUGCCAGUCUGCAGGGGGACUCGGAGUUCUCAAAUAACAGCUGACCUUCAGACUGAGGAGAUCAAUUCCAUUGGAGAAAAUGGACUCUUUGGAGGAUGGGUUCUGUGGCAUCACAUCCUUUCUGAGCCUCCUCCCUGGGCUCUUUCCCAAAUCUCCAGAAAUUUCCCCAUCAGGAGUUGGCAACUCCUGGCAUUUCAUGGUCUCUCGUGAGAUGAAGCUUCCAGGUCAUAAACCCAUCAUGUAAUGUCUCAGGAAUCUUAACUGACAGACACUACCUCGAAGAGCAGAUGUUUCCCCUUCUUAGCCCACUGACUUCCAUGGACUUAGAGGGAGUUACCUCUAUUUAGGAUCAUUACACUGUUAAAGAUUCAGGGGUAAGAUGACAAAAUCCGUUUUGAAGUGAAGGUGUGGAGCGAGAGGGUGGAAUUCUUGGGCUUCACGUUUUUGUUCAGGAUAAAUAAAACUGUCUGCUCGGAUUCAAUUCUUUGCCCAAAAUGAUGCACAGGACAAUAGAAUUGAUGGGGCAUGCCGUGAAUCAGUGAGAACUCUGGAAAACUUUUAUGGGCCUUGUUGGGGCAAAAUUCCUGGGGUUUGGAAGUUGCUGUGGGGUUGAAUUGUCCUCUCUAGACCUUGGCCUUCCCCCACUUCCUUAGUUCUUGCAAACAGCUUGGUCUGGUCACUGUUGUGACCCACUGCAUCUAGCACUUACAAGCUUUGGCACAGAAGUAUCUUGCUUUUAGAUCCAGGAAAAAACACACACAUCCAUUAACUUCCUUCUAUCAGUAGCUGAAUGGCACAAUAUCUGCAUUGCUUUGAUACUGUGUUCUAGUUCCUUAUCCUGAUCUUUUCUGCCCUCUUCUCUGUGCCAAGGUGCUUAUUCAGUUAGCUAGGUGUUUUCACAUUCCAUGACGUCAGAACAGGAUCUGGGUUUUGGCUGCAUGUUAUGUGAAAGCCUCGUAUGUGGUCCCAGGAUAACCAGUAAAUGACAGAACUGCAAAAAUUGGGCUUAACUGGGCUUAAUAUACCAAAGGUGACAUUCAGGUAAGGCAACAUUUCCUCCAAAAGAAAAAAAAUAAUCACCUUGUGAUACAAAUGCAGUCUGUUUUCCUCAGUCUUGGUAAGUGCCACUGAGUCUUAUUUGGACUUUAAAAAAAACAUCCCCCCCCAUUAUUUUAACAUAGUUCUCCCUUACUGUGGGGGUAAGCUAUUUUGUAAAGAAUGCAGUCCCCUUUGCCCCAGCAUGGCCCAUGGUUUUGUGAAGACGUGGCAAAUGCAGGGCGGGUUGUUUGUUUGGUGGGGUUCAAAAGAAACCUGAUCCGAUUUUGCUAGGUGCUCGGUUGUUUCAGUGAAUCCCAAAGCAUCCCUUUUUGGAUGAGAUCACGAUGCUGGCUUAGCCUUGCUUAUAGAGGAUUAUUUCUGGCAAAAAAAUGGAAGACUCGCAACUGGAAAACUGGGGAGGGGGGGAGGAAUCUUGCCUUGUGUGUGAAAUUUCUGUUCAGGGGUUGCCCGCAGGCUGCAAGCCAACCUCCCUCAAUGGGGCAGGGUUUUGUGGAGAGAUGGGAAGCCAGCUGAAUUCAUGAGAACUGGACCCUCUGUCUUGCUUGCUCACUAGCUGUCAAUGUCCUAAAUCUAAAAAGCAAGCUGUCAGUCACAAAAGACAGUGUAAUAUUUUGGUUUAUGGGGAUGGGGGCACUAAAGCUAGUACAGUACAGCCAAGCUUUGCCCAGUUUUGGUCUCAGUAACUCCCUGAGAAACACACCACACAAAGCAAAAGGUGGCUUAAUUGAAGAAGUUCAAGAAAAGAUAUUAAAAUCAAGGCAUACAGUUCAGUGGCAAGUGCAAUAAACAAAAAUUUAAAAAAACCUUGAUCACCUGUCUUAGUUGAGAAUGAUACCAUUCGGAGGCAAAUAGGUCUGGGCGCGCAGUAUAUGUUAAACUGCGCACAUCAGAGUUAAAACAUAAUUUAAUCCAAUACUUGAAUGUAUUCAGCCAUGCUUUUGUUUCAAGUAGGUCCUGGCCAGUUUCUAAGCAUAGCACAGCAUAUGGUAUCUGUCUUAGUUACUGGAGUUCUUAAAGCAAAGAGUUUAAGAGCAUAAUACAAAUAUCUUCUCGGCAGUAAGGAGGGUUAGCGAGGAAAGGGUAAAGGGGAUAAGGAUUCUACCGGAGGCAAAAUGUCAGGGCUUGAGGUUACGCAUACCUUUCAUAACAACUCUUCAGCCUUUCAAGCACAAGCUUUGUUUAACACGAUACCUUUUAAAAGGAACAGAUUGUCAUAAAAUGUUUUCUGGCAUAGAUCCUUGUGCUGUGGUGGCAGCUGCUGCCAAAGCAACUGUAAAAAAAAUCUGCACAGCUUAUCAGGUCUCCAGUGACCAAUCCAAAGCCAUGCUGGGCAAAAGCCUCAUCUGACACUGCUCCCUUUUUAGAAACAGCUGGCAGGCACCAUUAAAGUUGUCGGUGGGCACCACGAUGACUCCAGGUGCCACCUUGGGGACUCUUGUCAUAAAACAGCGAGAUACAGAAAAACAAAACAGGAGACAAAUAACCACACUUAGGGCAAGAUCCAAACUAAUUUUUCAAUUCAGCCCACUGAUCUCCACAAAAUUCUGCUCUUGGAAGGUCGGCAUGGAGGAGGGGUUUCCAAAUUGGUGGGAACUGCCAGUUGAGAUUGGAUCCAACCCUUGGGUGUAGAGAAUGGAUUUCUUUAUUUUUAAAAAAACAACUCAUCCAAUUUAUUUGAAACUUUAUUUUUGGUGAUGUCCUCAGUUGAACUUUUCAUUGCUAAGACUUUAAAAACAUACAGAGAGAGAGAGAGCGAGGAAACCCCCCCCUCCCACAAAAACACACUACAGGGGGAAAAGGGAGGGCUCCCAAUUUCAUCUGCAUCAGAUAUAAAAACACAUAAAGGUUUACUCCUUGCUGUCUAGUUACAAUUGUAAAAUUAUUUAUUAUUAUUACUAAUAAGCCCCACACUUAUCUAUGUUAUACCUAUUUCCUUGCUCUCCAAAUCCUCAAAGUCACAAAUCAUCAAUUCAUUUUUUUUCUAUUUUACACAAAAAGUCUGAUGUGGUCUCCAGUUAUCGAUGAAUUUCUGUUCUUUUCUCUAAGGUUGAUUCUGCCUGGGCCAAAAACAGUGGUGUGAAAACAGUGUGAAAACUGUAUAAACCCUUUUACGCCGUUUUCACACCGUUUUCACACUGCUGUUUUUGGCCCAUACGGAAACAGCCUAAUAAAGAAGUAUGUUUACAUAUCUCUGCCAGUUCCAACAAUUUCACAAGCCUUUCUUCUGUUCUAGGUACAGAUAAAGUUUUCCAUUUUUGUGUAUGUAAUAUUCUUGCUGCUGAUGUCAUAUAUAGAAACAAAGUUCCUUUUCUUUUUUCAAGGUGUCUGUCCAUGAGUUCCAAAUAAAAGCCUCUGGUUUCAUGUGUAUAUUAGUCUUUAAAAUCUGAAUCGUGGAAUGUAUUUGUAUCCAAAUUCUUUUUGGCUUUGUUACAAGACCAUCAUAUAUGAUAAAAAGUCACUUCGUGGUGAUGAUCACAUUUCCAACACACAUUUGAAAUAUUUUUCAAACUUCUGAUCUUUAUCAAAGGUAUCAACAACAUAAACAAAAGGUACCAAGAACAUGUUCUUGGUACCUUUGUUUAUAGUAACACUGGACAGAUCCACAUGAUACUGGCCAUUUCUGGACAAAGCAUUUAAAAUGUUUGGGAAACAGUUUAAAAGGUAUUCUUUUCUUGUUUUUUGUCCAUACAGCACAUAAAAAUUAAGUGUUUUAAUUGAAAACGGUUUUCUUUUUUUAAAAAAUGACUUCUUAUCUACGAAGCUACGGAGACAUGAAAUCUGCCCAUUUUUGCAAUUCUCGAAUUGUGUCUAUGCAGCUUCAAAGAUACAUCUCUUAAAAAAUUCCUGAACUCCACACAGUGAGCAGGAAACAGUUUAAAAACUGUCUCAGGAAAAAAGUCACUAGUUUAGCAUUUUCAAAACAAACUGUUUUGAGGAAAAAUAAAAUGUUUCCCAAAAGUUUUGAGCAAAAAGCUGUGUGGAAAUCCUUCUGGAAACGGUUUAGGCUUCCUCCAAACGUUUUAUUUGUGUUGGGCGACUGUUUCCUGCUGCGAUAUUCCUCACGGUUUCCCAUCAGGCUGAAACUACAGAAUGCAAAAGUGUUGCAUGUACUGGUACUUGCCGCUUCACUCUUAACAGGAAUAGAAUACCUGUUUCUGAAGGAGGGAAGCAAACUUGUCGGGGAGUCCUUCAUCGUGCAGCCUAUUUAUAGACUUCUUAGAACCAUCCAAUUGGCAGGCAACUGGACAACCUGGAACGUUGGUGUGAUUCAGCACCAUAUUCUGUGUCUUGUGGCCGCAGAUACAAUCGAAUGCAGAUUUCUACCCCUGGUUUCCUGGAAUGUGAACUCCCAUACGCAGCCCUCCAGAUGAGUUAUGAAUAUUUUUAUUGUUUAAUUUUUAAAAAGAAACUGUA